CACAGAGCUGCAACUCAGGAACACAACACAGCCACAGAAACCUCUCAUCAGACACUUCACCGGCAGAAAAUCACUUCUUGGGAGAGAGAGAGAGAGAGAGAGAGAUGUAGGAUAAUUUAUCAUCUUAUUUUUGUGCCAGCAUAAAAAGGGGGGCUACGGAGAAGUGGGUGGUGCAUGUGAGCUCGAGCUCCUAUUACAGAGAUCCAGACUUUUUCAUGGCAAGUUUUGUGGAAGUGGGGGGAGGGCGAAUCUGUAACUUUCUCAGCCUGAUGUCUUUUUCAUACCCAUCCUAAAUGUUUCAAAUUAAUUCUUUUUAUGGUUUUGAGUUUAGGCGAUGUGUUUUUUCUAGAGUUGAGGACACUUUUUUGGAGCUGUUGGAAUUUGGAUAAUGAAGGAAUUCAGGAGGAUCCAGCAGGGAUCGGACGAGAAGUGCAGAAUAAAAAAGUUUGGGAGGACUACGAGAAAACUUUGAAGCGCCCAGCAGAUUUCCCUCACCAUGCCGCGUUUGGAAACUUAUUCCAAAUCUAAUGAAGAGUACUUCAUUUUUGGGUGUUUUGGGAAACAGAAUAGCUAAAGCACUAGAAUUCAAAGCGAUCUCGUUUUUGCACUGUUGAAUCUCUACUCCCAAGAUGUCUUCCCAGGGUCGGGGCCCCAUUGUUGGAUUUUACGGGAUGCUUUGCGUCUGGGUUGCUUGGCUUUCAGGCUCCGGGGCGGUGUUGUCUCCAAACGGGACGAUAUUUGAGGAUAACUGCAAGAAAACCUCCACUUGCGAGGCACUUAAAUACAACACAUGUCUGGGAUCGCCUUUACCGUACACGCAUACUUCUCUGAUCCUGGCGGAGGACUCCAGCACUCAAGAAGAAGCUUUUGAGAAGCUGGCCAUGUGGUCCGGUCUGCGGAACGCUCCUCGCUGUUGGUCGGUCAUCCAGCCUUUGCUCUGUGCCGUCUACAUGCCCAAAUGUGAGAACGGUCGAGUCGAGCUGCCCAGCCAGAGCCUGUGUUUGGCUACACGUCGACCAUGUAGCAUCGUGGACCAGGAGAGAGGCUGGCCCAGCUUCCUCAAAUGUGACAAAUUCCCUGUUGGCUGUUCGAAUGAGGUGCAGAAGCUGAAGUUCAACAUAUCAGGCCAGUGUGAAGCUCCCCUGGUGAAGACAGACAUUCAGUCCAGUUGGUACAAGGACGUGGAGGGCUGCGGUAUCCAGUGUGACAACCCUCUGUUCACUGAGGAGGAGCACAAUGACAUGCACGCCUACAUCGCUUACUUCGGCACCAUCACCCUCCUCUGCACCUUCUUCACUCUGGCCACAUUUCUUGCCGACUGGAAGAACUCCAACCGCUACCCAGCUGUCAUUCUCUUCUACAUCAAUGCCUGUUUCUUUGUGGGCAGUAUCGGCUGGCUGGCUCAGUUCCUGGAUGGAGCACGCGACGAGAUUGUGUGCAAGAGCGACAACACCAUGCGACUCGGGGAGCCCUCGUCUUCAGAGACACUGUCAUGCGUCACUAUAUUCAUCAUCGUGUACUACUCCCUGAUGUCGGGCGUGAUUUGGUUCGUCAUGCUGACCUAUGCCUGGCACACGUCCUUCAAAGCCCUGGGCACCACCCACCAGCCACUGUCUGGCAGAACCUCCUACUUCCACAUGGUGACCUGGUCCGUCCCCUUCGUCCUCACUGUGGCCAUCCUGGCUAUUGCUGAGGUGGAUGGAGACUCAGUGAGUGGGAUCUGUUUUGUAGGCUACAAAAACUAUAGAUACCGUGCUGGGUUUGUCCUGGCCCCCAUUGGAGUGGUGCUUGUUGUCGGCGGCUACUUCCUCAUUCGGGGUGUCAUGACUUUGUUUUCCAUUAAGAGUAACCACCCAGGACUUCUGAGUGAAAAAGCUGCCAGCAAAAUCAACGAGACGAUGCUGAGACUUGGUAUAUUUGGAUUCCUCGCUUUUGGCUUUGUUCUCAUCACCUUCGGCUGCCACUUCUACGACUUCUUCAACCAGGCUGAAUGGGAGAGGAGCUUCAGAGAAUAUGUGCUGUGUGAAGCCAACGUGACAAUCGCCUCUCAGACCAACAAGCCAAUCCCAGAAUGCACCAUUAAGAACCGGCCCAGCCUGAUGGUGGAGAAAAUCAACCUGUUCUCCAUGUUUGGGACGGGAAUCGCUAUGAGUACCUGGGUCUGGACCAAGGCCACCAUCCUCAUCUGGAAACGGACCUGGUGCAAAAUUAUUGGUCGUAGUGACAAUGAACCCAAGAGGAUCAAGAAGAGCAAGAUGAUUGCCAAGGCAUUUGCACUGAGGAAGGAGCUUCACAAGGACCCAGAAAAGGAGCUGUCCUUCAGCAUGCACACCGUGUCCCACGAUGGACCAGUGGCUGGAAUCAAUUUUGAAAUAAAUGAGCCAUCAAACGACGUGUCAUCAGCUUGGGCGCAGCAUGUGACUAAGAUGGUGGCCCGGCGAGGUGCCAUCCUCCCUCAGGACAUCUCUGUUACUCCUACUGGUACUCCAGUGCCACCUCCAGAGGAGAGGAACAGGCUGUGGAUGGUGGAGGCUGAGAUUUCACCAGAGAUGAUAAAGAGGAAAAAGAAGAAGAGGAAGAGGAAAAAGGAGGUGCGUCCAGUGGAGGAGGCAGUGGAACACCAGGCUAAUCGCCAGCGUGAGUUUGGUCGCAGCUCAGUGCCUCGUCUGCCCAAAUUGCCAUGCCACCCCAGUCUGGUCGCUAAUCUGCGCGAACAGCAGAGGCAGCAGCAGCAGCUGGAGGAGGAAGUCUUGCCAGGGUCCUACCCAGAUUUCCAACCCUCCCACCCCCUGUCCUGUGAGGAGAGGUGUACCUACCAGCCCUACCAGAGCAGUCGGAACAGCUAUGGCCGCAGCCUGCUCUCUAACCCUCUAACCUUCAAUGACCGCCCAGAGGAUCUUGGACUCGGCCCACGCUGCCUCCCCUCUGCCUCCACUUGGCAGCCCAGGGGAUCUUCCUGCUACCCCGGGGAGAUGGAUCUCGCCCACAUGGCUCGGGGACCGGCAGGCCGAAGGGCCGGCUACGGACCCAUUCACUCCCGGACCAAUUUAAUGGAAGCGGAACUUAUGGAUGCUGACUCUGACUUCUAAGAGCAAUAGCUCCAAUACAUUGCUUUGUGGUUCACCGACUACAAAAAAAGAAGAAGUGCUGGAUGCUUUGAAAAUUCUUACUAAAGUGCACCUAAUUCCCAAUGCCCAGAGGUCAAGAUGGAACUAAGCUGUUCAGUUAAUUUUAUUUUUUAUUUUGAAAAAACAAAGGGAUAAAGUAAAAAUGUUGUGAAUAGUUAAUGUAAAAAUAUUUUUUUAUACUCUGUGUCCAUUACAAUUUCAAAGGCAACUCCAUGAUGACAAGAGAAAUGAGGCAGCUAAACUUUAUGUGGCUUGAAACAGAUAUUGUUAUUUUUAAGCCAUAAGAAUUCAUCAGCUAGUAUCAGCCUAGCCCAGUUUAUGACAACAUUCAACUUUUAAUGUUGCAGGGUGAGUCAAGGAAUCACGGAUGAAUUGCUAAUUGACACAGUCAACUUGUCUUUGAAAUUACCAUUAAGGAAAUUUGAUGAUGAAGGCAGUUGAUAAAACUUUUGAAAGUCUAUUAUAUUCUCAAUCUUUGAGUGACCGCUUGUGUAUUAUUAUUUUUACUGCCCUACUGGGGCAGUAAAAAUAAAAUUUGACUCAUACAGAAGACCAUACAGGUUAAAAUGAAAAUGCUACGGGCUACUUGCAAAUACUGUUUAACCCAGGUCAUCUUUUGUGUUAUAUUUAAAUGUUUGUUAAACUCCAUUUCUCUCUUCCCAUCACUAUUUACCAAUUAAUGAUUUGUGUUUGUGUACAGUUAAAUUGAGGUACUAACCAUUAUCUCCCUUGCCCUAUUAAUACUGAUAUCACAGAAGUGAUUGCUAAGUGGUCCAGACUUCGAGAGGUUUCUUUUAAGAAUCUGGACACACUGGGAUUUACACAGAAGCCAGGAUGUACUAAAAGAAAUGAUUACAGUUGUAUAAGUUGACUAAUUUUGAACGCACCAGGUGCUUGGUCUCACAGCUUCACAUUGUGAUAAUUUACUUCAGACACAAACGAAAUAAACCAAAUUAUUAUACUGUCCUUACUUUUCUUCAUUUGAUUGACAUAUGCAAGUAAUAGUGACACGCUUUUGUUAAAGAAUAAAUUCAAACCAGGCUGAAAAGCAGUGUUUUGCUGCCCUCUCUGGUUGAAGCCUCAUUCACUUCUGCCCUCACCCAGCAUCACUGAUGGUGUGGUCAGAAGUGUGCUCCAUCAUACAUAUAACCGCACUCAACAGUGAUGUCACCGAGCCCUGAAGUACACUUGUACAACACUGCAGCAGAUGAUGAAAAACAAGUUCAAGUGGUGUUUCAAGUUACUCCUUAAUCAGUGAGUAUAUUAAAAGUUAUUGAGCUAGAAUACAUACUAAUUAUUUGCAUACGCUCUGUUGCCUGGUGCAAUAAACCGUCCAUUAGCUUAUAUUUUGCUUCUAAGUUUUUUUUAAAAGCAGUAUUUCUACUUGUGUUAAUCUGUUGUACAUGUUCAAUCUAAACUGAGCUUUGUAUGCAUUUCUUUUUCUCUCUAGUACAGUUGAAAAUCUUUUGUAUGAUGUAUUUUAGACUGCAGUGGUCUUAGAAGUCACUUUUUCCCCAUAAAUGCUUCUAUUUUUCAGUGUGUGUGUGUGUCUCUCUCUCUCUCUCUCUCUCUCUCUCUAAAUGUGUGUUCUGUACAUAGGUUGUUCAUAGAGUUCCCAAUAAGGGUAUUAUUUGUACAGAUUUAUAUAUCAAAUCACUUGAUUAUUCUGCUGAUAUGAUAAAUAAAAAGGGAAGAGUAUGCUACUAUGCUAUAAAAGGUUGUCACUGUACUUGUGCUGUAACCAAAAUGUCACCUAUUGUCAUUUGACAUUCAGUAUGGAUAAAUGAUGCUGAAGUAGACUGUGACAGGCCAUUUCUUCUGCCGAUGCUAAUUAGUUUGUCUAAUGUAAGUGUCUGGUUAUUCAUGUGAGAUGUCUGAUUGAGAAUUAUUUAUGUUAUUAGUAGUUUCCACACUGCUAUGGUUCAACAACAUAGGGAGUUUGGCAACAAAAUAAAGCAUAGCUGAUAUCCACCCAAGAAGACUAUUUUCAAAGACUAUAAAGAGACUAAAAGAUUACUUUGGAAAUUGUAUUUUACUUUUUAUGCUUUGAAAAGUCCUAAUUUCUGUUUUGGUAAGCCGUCAAAAAGAUUUAGGCCUACCAGCUGGCCUCGUGUUGCUUGUCUCCCAACUGUGUAAAAAAAAAGUUUACUGUCACUUUGCAGCUGUACUUUUUUGUUUUAUUAUGUAAAUAAAAGUAACCCUACACUU